ACAGCAGUGGGCCUGUUCAAUUCUGAGGUGAAGACCCACCUGCUGCUCUUCGCCAACAGGGGGACUAAAGAAUACACCGAGCUGACGGAGAAACUGCGAGCUCUGGCCCCCGAGUUCACAGGCAAGUUCUUGUUCGUGCUGGUUAACGGAGCAGUCAAGUCCAACUUACGAUCACUGGCCUACUUCGGCCUCAAGUCUAACAACCUGCCGCGAGUUGGUUUGUACGAUGGCGACACUGACAUGAAGUGGCUGCUGCCUGAGGGAGAGAUCUCUACUGAG